UCAAGGGCCAUCAUUUAAACAGAGGCUCACAGUGGAAUUUGAGAGAGAGGAUACUUCCUCUUGCUGUAGACACUUGUCUUUUCAGAAGUCUUCUACUGACAGAGAGAAAAGGUUCUCACCAGAGAGUUCUUUUGACAGUUUGAAGUCUACAGAGAUUCCUUUUGUCUGCCAAACUUUCACUCUACCCUUGGAGUGGUCCAAACACCAUGAUGUCUUCCUAUAAACGUCAGGAGAACAGAGCACUGAAAAGUCACGACUGUGUCUUAAUUUAUGAAUCGGAGACAGAGGGAAAUGAAAAUCAUACUUCAAACAGCUUAAUCACGCUCACCACCAAGAUGUUAAAAGUGAAAAAGUUGGAAGAAAUAAGCUCGUGUUACAGCAGCAAUCAGCUGGAGAAAAUGACGUUUUUUCAGUGCAUGGAAGAGGUUGAAAAAGUAAAAUGUUUUUUAGAAGGAAAUUCUAAUGAACAAGAUUCAAGAUCAGAAGAGAAUGGGGACAUGUUCAUGGGAAGGAUUGAGAAUAUGGAAUCUGCAAACACCCUCAAAAAAGCUGAGGAGAAGGUGUGGCCAAACCCUGCCCUGAAGGAAAGGACACCUAUCGAAGGCAAAAGGAAAUCAUCCCUCACAGAAAGAUCGACAGAGAAGAACCAAUUCUCCUAUGAAAAUGAAAAAGUUAAUAGACUCAACAAGAAAAAUGCUGAGAAGACCAAUGCCCCUGUGGCUCAGAGAAGUAUUAUGUGUAGUGUGGAAAAACAAGAUAAUGCAGAAGAACUUGUGUCAAGAAACUCCAUAGAGUCAGAUGGAAAAGACAGUUCACAUGCAGAGGAUCCAAAGAGACAAGAAAACAGUAUCACUGGAGAUGAUAAGCAAGGCAUUGUACGUGAAAAUGAAUGUCUAGUGUUCAAAGGAGAGAAAAGUGAACUUCCUUCUAAGGAAGAUACUAGUGGAAGAGAAGCUGAGGAAGGUGAAGGAAACACAACUGCAAAUGAACUGGUGCUGGACCAAUGUUCAAAUAAAAGGCAGCAUGUUGAUAAAACCAAUGGUGAUGAGUGCCAUGAAAGGUAUAUCAACACUCUAAAAGACAUUUUGACACAAGAAAUCCUGGAAAAUUCUGGAUCUACUUUCCAGAAUAUGGAACAAACAGAGUUUGCUGGCAGCAGUAAGCGGAGAGUGGUGGAGUGCUUUGUCAAUGAGGACAACAAAAAGAGCAGAAUAGAUGUUGUGUGUGCAAACGAAGAACAGACAUUUCAAAGGACAGAGGACACCAGGCAAGACCAAAGGAGCUGUCAGGGUCAACCCCAGGAGUUAGCUGGAAGGAAGACCUCCAGAGAGGAAGAUCUGAUGGCCCUACUGGAUGACCUCCCAGCUCCUGCUGCUCCAUUUGACCACCGUAUUGUGACAGCCAAGUACACUGCAGUCGACAGCUCAUAUACUGUGAGCAAAACAGAAAUUCUAGGAGGGGGUCGUUUUGGCCAGGUCCACAAGUGUGAAGAGAAAGCAACAGGCUUGAAGCUGGCUGCCAAAAUCAUUAAGACCAGAUGCCGAAAGGACAAGGAGGAAGUGAAGAAUGAGAUCAGCAUCAUGAACCAACUGGACCAUGUGAAUCUCAUUCAACUCUACGAUGCCUUUGAGUCCAAGAAUGACAUCAUCCUGGUCAUGGAGUAUGUGGAAGGUGGGGAGCUGUUUGACCGCAUUAUUGAUGAAAACUACAACUUGACAGAACUCGAUACCAUCCUGUUCAUCAAACAGAUCUGUGAGGGGAUAAGGCAUAUGCACCAGAUGUACAUCCUCCACUUGGACUUAAAGCCUGAGAAUAUCCUGUGUGUGAAUCAAGAUGCUAAACAAAUAAAAAUUAUUGAUUUUGGAUUGGCCAGAAGAUACAAACCAAGGGAGAAGCUGAAGGUGAACUUUGGAACCCCGGAAUUUCUCUCCCCUGAAGUUGUGAACUAUGAUUUUGUUUCUUUCUCUACUGACAUGUGGAGCGUGGGGGUGAUUACCUACAUGCUCCUCAGCGGUUUGUCCCCUUUUCUGGGUGAUAACGAUGCAGAGACUCUGAGCAAUGUCCUGGCAUGUAGGUGGGAUUUGGAAGAAGAGGAAUUUCAAGACAUCUCGGAUGAGGCCAGGGACUUCAUCUCCAAGCUCCUGAUCAAGGAGAAGAGUUGGAGAAUAAGUGCCAGCGAAGCUCUGAAGCACUCCUGGUUGUCCGACCACAAGCUGCACUCCAGACUCAGCACAAAGAAGAAGAACUGCAACUCUGAUGCUCAAAACCUCGUGACGAAAUAGUCCAUGGAAGGUGCUGGUUCAUUUGAAAGGAAAAGUGCUGCGGUUGCUGCUGCUUUGAGAAGACUUGAGCACUCAGCAAUUCUGAUGCCUUGACCCCUUUGCUGACUGGCAGUGGGAGUAGGGGAGCCCUUGAACUUGAAUUUGGAGCGACUUUGCUGUGCUCAGUGGGUUACCCAGUUCCUGCUCCCUGGGGGCUCAGACAGAUCCUCAAUCCCUCAUAAUGCAUCCCAUAGGGAACAUGUUUCCCUGCCUUUUGAGUUGUUGUUUUUUUAAUUUAAUUUAUUUUUUAUUAUUGGAUGUUAGUCACUGGGGUAGGGGUACUUUAUGUCUGCUAUUUUUGUGAAAUACUAGAGCAAUCAUACUGGAAAUUUAUUUGAGAUUUUAAAAUCUGGAAAAUGAAUUUAGAGAGAGAAAAAAUGCCCAGUUUUUGUGCGAUGCCUCUCUCAAGCCAGUAAUUAUACCUCUAGAAAAAUUCCAAUUUUGAUGCACCCUGGAAUAGUUCAUUUUUCAUGUUGAUUUGGUCUGGAAUCAGGUGAAUUCAGCAGAUAAAUUUGCUUGCUGUAACAUAUGAUUUUUUUUUAAUUCCGAGGCUUGCAAGAGGCAUCAGGCAUUGUAUUCCCAUUGAUUCUGAACUGUUUUGCCAAGUGCUUCAGGUCUGUAGUGGCCCAUUCUAUUUUCAAAUGAAUGCCCUACCUUUUCAUGACAUACACCUUAACUGACAGCUUGGCUGUACGAAGCACACUAGUUUAGAGAGGCAAUGCAAAAGGAACUUGCUUAUGGAUAGUCUUUAAUAGAACAGCCUUCAGAAGAACAUUGACAGUUAUGAAAUCUCCUUUCAAGUCUGCUCCAGGUAUCAGCCACAGGCAACAGAAUCAUCCCACUAGGAAAGGACAGUGCUGAGCUCCUAGUGUUGAAUGACUGCAAGAGCAAGAAGGCAAACUCCAGUUUCUGGUUAAACGAAAACAUUUAGAAGACCAACAAUUUCAUCACUGCAAAAUCUCAUGUGAUUCAGUGGCUAUAAAUAAAUCAUAGUUGGGUACUAAAGGCAAGGGGCCCAUCUGCUCAAUUCUUUUUGGGCAUGAUUAUAAUUUCCAUUUCUGGAGCUAGUGAACCAUUGCUUUGUUAGGGUACAGAAGUGCAAAACAUGCUUCAUUUCCCCAUAAAGAAGCAGCAAUGCAAAGUUACCUGAAGUGCUUUUGUAUAUACCAUACCAGCCCAUCUUGAAGCCUCUCCUUGUAUUUUCUAUUUCCAAAUGACUGCUGUGUUAGGAUCAGCUCUUGUAAUGCUCACAUUUUCAGUCAUGUCAUUCUAAGGUACUGUUGGUACAAUAGCAAUAAGAAUAACAGUAACCCUAUCAUGCUGACUCUUCUCCUGGCUUCUCAGUGAUCACAUGCCCAUGAGGAACUAACAUGCAGGGACCUCAUCCUCAUGGCUACAGGGAAGGAGAAGUACAUAGAGGGAAAUGUGUCAUUUAGUACAGGCCCAUGCCAAUUUCUUAGUCAUGCUAGGAUUAAAACUUAUUUCUUAUGUAAAUCAAAACAACAUUGAGAUUCCAUCUCACCCCAGUAAGAAUGUCAUA